AUGAAGCGAGCGGCGCCCCGCAGUACCCUGCGGAACCUGAUAAAGAGACACAAGCCCCAGCUUCGUCUGGCGGCCAACGCCGACCUGCUGGUGCAUUUGAACUUCUUACUGUUUCUCCACCGAUUAGCAGAAGAAGCCAGGGCAAAUGCUUUUGAGAACAAGAGUAAAACAAUUAAAUCUGAACAUGCCAUGGCGGCAGCAAAGGUUAUCUUAAAGAAGAGCAGAGGCUAGGAAAUCAAGAAGUACUUUCUAAUCCUGCUUGCUUUACCCAGUGUAUUUUUAUUAACUCUUAAGUAUCAUGGCUAAGAUCCUCAGUUGGUAGAAAUAAGCAUAAUUUCAUUGAAGUCAGUAGAGCUACACUGCUUUACCUUUGGGGAAUUGGACUUAUGUUCUUAAGAAACAUUCAUGUUUAUAGGUGAUAUGCAUACAUGGGUCUCUUACCAAAGCAUGAGGAAAACACUUGUGGUGAAAGUAAUUUUUUUUUAUAAUGUAAGUUUUCGGCUGCAUCUUCAACUAAAAUACUGGGAAAAGCCUAUAGCAUUUCCCUUCCAUGUGUUUACUGGAGUCAUAUUCCUAAUUAGAAAGUGUUUCCUCUUAUAUUAAUCAUUCUAAAAGAGACUUAUUAAUGAGGAGUUUACUCUGAAUGUCAGUUUAGUUCUUCUUGUUACACAGACAAAAUGUUGGCUUCUUAAAGAAGACUGACAGUCUGACAGUGUUGCAUCAAAUAUCUUGGUUUCAGAUUGUUUAUAAAUGUCAAGUUUCACAGCCUUAAUUCUUGAAA